GGAAAACCACUUCCUCAAUUAUUUCGUUUAGGAAAUGUAGUAUGACACAAUUGUUCAAAGAGAUUUUUUCCAACGUGGCAAUUUACAAUAUUGUAGUAUAGUAAAGGAGAAAGAUUUCCUUGAAAAAAGGAAGCAGGCAGCACUUCUACAAAUAAUACACUUGAAAUGUUUUCCAUUGCGCUGUUUCUGAAUGACCAUGUCAGCACUAGAGUGACAAGUACAGCAUGCCCUGUAGAUAGAACGUUGAUUAAAGACUUUUUGACAAAUUUCAACCAAUGAAUCAAGAUGAUUUGCAUGAAACACUUUUCUACUUUUUCAUUGAUAGCAUAAGAGUGGACGUCACUUUACAUGUGAACCAAUCACAAGCCUCUUUCAGCAUCCGCUCGCUUUGUGAUUGGUUGACUAAUCUAUUCUCAGUAAAUGCCAUUUAUCAGUAGAUUUGUGUGUACCCGUUCGGCAUGUAUUGUACCUAGAAAAGCUCCUCCGUGAGAGGAACUCUGUUCAAAUUUGCUCAUAAACUGCUAGGACAUUUCACGAAAGACCAUUUUUAUACAAAUCGAUGAAAUCAAUGGUUGUUUAAAAGCUAGAUGUGCCCUUUGGAGGGCCGAAAACCUCUAAACUACGACGCAUUUACUACGAUCCAUUGAAGUGACAUGAACUGACGACUUUACGGGGCAAAUCGAUCAAGAGGAGCCGAAAAGCUGCCAGUCAUCGUGUCAACUCCGAUCGAAGAACUUAAAAUCAGUUCUUCAUACAAUGGAAACAGGAUGGUGACUCUGAUUACAAACAAGCUAAAGAAACAAUCGCUUGAAGACCUUCCUAACGAACCUGUGAAGAUUGGCACAAACACGACCGAGAGAAAAGAUUUCAUACUACACAGAGAUAGCUUAGAAGGAGACUUUAAGCAACGUGUUCAUAAUGAUCGUAGACAAGGCCCGGGUCAUCUUAGAACAAGGAGUUAUCCAACACACAAUUUGCGAGGUUCUGAGUGCAAAGGAACAAUUUUCAACUCUUCUACUAUGCAUUCUAGUACUCUGCCACCCGCCAGCAAGAAAUUGUGUCGAUCUAUUUCAGUUCCUGAGGAAGAAUCAUCGGACGCAAACAAUUUAAGUUGCUGGGUUCCAAAAGCUUCGAAAGUCUGGCAUCCUGUUAAGGUAUACUCAAAGACGGGUUCACGACCGCGUUCAAUGUCAUCGCCACCAGAACAUCUCUUACAAACCCAUGCACGAAACUCCGGAGAGACCGAAAUCUCGCCCAAUAGUACGGCUGUCAAUUCUAUGUCAACCCCGCCAGCUUCUCCAACACCUAGACCAGCCUCAGCGUUUGCUGCUCUCAGUCAAAAUCUGUAUUCAAAAACACACUCAAAGGAAAGGGAUAAGACUACACAAUGCUGCAAAGUCGAAAAUACAACCGAUGAAUGUCCGCGAUUGAAACGAAGUCAUUCUCAGCCGAGUUUCGAACGAGCUCGUGUGUGCGGAAUUAAACGAAGAAUUGAGGAUGACUUCGACAGAAAUAGCAAUCUUAGACCUGCUCUGGAUCUUGCCAAAAUGGAAGAGUCUUCGUACUUUCGAUUCAGAGAUAAGAGACGAGGGUUGAGAAUACCGAAAUACUCRAACAAAACCGAAGCGAAAGGUCUCCCAGCCCCGUAUUUUACAGAACGUGAAAGCUUUAUCCUGAAACCGAUUGUUUCAUCACCCCUCGAUGCAACUGCCUCGAGUAUUAUGAUAACACCGACCUCAUCUCCAACCAGGCAGCUUGAUUUAGCUGACAAAGUAACGACAGAAAAAACUUUAAUUAUUGCAGAAAGAAAAGGACGUGAGCGACGAGUUUUCAACGUAGAUUACGGAUUAGAAUUAGACAUUGCCUCUAUUGAAGAGGACGAUUUGUAUUGAUAUUUAGAUAUCUAAAGGGAACAAUUUUUAAGCAAACUUACACUGAUUGUUGUAUAUAUCAAUCACACAUAAUUCAAAUUCAUGCAUUUAUUUAUUACAUUCAGGAUUGGAAAAGUUUAAAUCAGUCUUAGUUGUGUGUAACCUCAACCUCCUAGUUCUUGUAUAUUUUUACAUAUAUUAUCUUUUUGCAGAGGUUUCGGUGCCCAAAAUACACAAUGGCAAAAAUAUCAAGUCAAUGCGAUAAUCCUAAUAAACAAACUUAUCGAAAAAGCAGAAACGAAAGUUGUAAAGUAAUAAAGACAGACGAGUGUUAA